AUGAUGUCCCGCUUCCUCGCUGUCCUGGCCGCCCUGCUGCUCUUCGGCCUUUGGGCCUCGGACGUUGACGGCAAGAGCGUCAUCCACCAGUCCUCCAACUGCUGCUACCAGUUCGUGAAGCGGAACAUCAGUCACCUGGUCAGGAGCUACAAGCUGACGGCCUCCUCCUGUCCCCACAAGGCAGUGCGGUUCACGCUGAAGGGGGGGAAGACGUUUUGCGGCAGCUUCCAAGAUGUCUGGGUCCAGAAAUACGUGAUGGAGGCGGAGGCCAAGAAGAAGUAA